AUGGAUGCUCAUACAUUGUCGCAUGCAUCAACCCUCCUCGCUCGAUCUGACGACUCGAGCGGUCGCCCAAGCUAUUACAAGGCCAUCGGAGUUUCCUUAGCAGUUGCAUCAGGUGUCUUCAUUGGAAUAUCAUUUGUUCUGAAGAAGGUGGGUCUUCUCAGAGCAAAUGUCAAGUACAAUGAAGAGGCAGGAGAGGGUUAUGGAUACCUGAAGAACUUCUUCUGGUGGACUGGAAUGACUUUGAUGAUUAUUGGCGAGAUCUGUAAUUUUGUCGCAUAUGCUUUUGUCGAUGCUAUUUUGGUGACUCCUCUCGGUGCGCUGUCGGUAGUCAUCACAACGAUCUUAUCGGCAAUCUUUCUCAAGGAACGACUCAGUUUUGUUGGUAAAGUCGGAUGUUUUUGCUGUAUUAUUGGAUCGGUGGUGAUUGCCAUGAAUGCACCGCAGCAGUCUUCCGUCAGCAACAUCCAAGAAAUGCAGCAUUACGUUAUUUCACCUGGGUUUUUGACAUAUACGGGUAUCAUCAUUAUUGGUGCAAUCUUCACUGCACUUUGGGUGGGACCUCGGUAUGGCAAGAAGAGCAUGUUCGUCUAUAUCAGUAUUUGCAGUAUGGUCGGUGGAUUGAGUGUUGUGGCUACCCAAGGUCUGGGAUCAGCUAUCAUCGCCUGGAUUGGUGGUGACCCGCAAUACAAGCAGUGGUUUCUUUGGGUGUUGUUGGUCUUCGUGGUCUGCACUCUCCUAACAGAGAUUAUCUAUUUGAAUAAAGCAUUAAACCUCUUCAACGCCGCCCUCGUUACCCCGACCUACUAUGUCAUGUUUACCAGUGCCACCAUUAUAACGUCUGCCAUUUUGUUCCGAGGUUUCAAAGGAACCGCAACCGAGAUCUCGACUGUUAUAAUGGGCUUCUUACAGAUUUGUGCUGGUGUGGUGCUUCUACAAAUAUCGAAAUCUGCAAAGGAUGUACCGGAUGCCGCGGUGUUCAAGGGUGACCUGGAUCAAAUUCGUGAAGUUGUCACACAAGAGGAACCCGAAUCGGAGCCCAGAGCAGACUCAAUCCGUGGCGCUGCUUCUAUCAUUCGCCGCAUAUCGACUGCACGUCGCACCAUGGAAACCGAAGAGGCACGACGAUUUUUCCAUGACAAGCAUGAGGAUACUCUUAAACCACCAAGUGAAAAUGAGAUUUUUGAGUGGGACGGCAUCCGCAGACGGAGAACUGUUGUUGGAGAAGGGCCAACAAUGUCUCGUACAUCGACCCCUCGAACACCUUCAAUUAAGCAACCAUUUCCCCCUCUCGGAAUGUCCCGUUUCCCCGACCCAGAUGAUGUGGAUGAGCAUCGACCCAGCACCAAACAGAGCGGACAUUCGUUCUUCACUGACUUCCGCUCUCGAGCCUCAAGCAUGCUCAACCCCCAGUGGACUCCACUAGACGAACAAAAUGAGAAGCACACAGGCUUAACUGAUAGUCCUGUUGAAGCAAACUUUCCAGAACAUCUGGACGCCCCCAAUCGAGUUGGUCGUGAGCGAAGCGACACUCCCCGAUCUAUCUCAUGGGCCGAUGAGAAAGCCGAAACCCCGGGUCUUGAGCCACCAGCAAACGCAGCUCGUCAAUUCUCCUUCCACACAAUGUUCCACCGCACAAAAGCAGAACGGUCUCCAUCUCCCAAGCGCAAUGCUAGUCCACCCCGCGGUAUUCUGCGCCGGACCAACGCGCAAAUAAACAAUGGAACCGAAGAAGAGCAACUUGGCCUCGUGAAAGGAGAUUCUCGCAUCGCGCCGCCUGAGGAGAACCUCGGAGAGAAAAUAGAACGCUGGUCAAGCAGCGAGUCAGAGAUGAAUGAGGUCCAGCCGCAGCCUCUGCAAAUUAGUCGCCCUCACGGCGACUCCGUGUCUAGCAUGUCGACAGCAGCUUUUCCACCAUACGAGGAUAACCACCACGCCCUCUACUCUGCACCGGGUGCUUCUGCAUCCAACCCCUACUAUCUUCCAUCUACACGGAGAGAACUCACAUUACAAGAAAAUAUCGAUGAGUACGAGAGUGUACAGUUGCAGCCACCAGGCUCUCGCAACCGCAACCGUACCCGAACAAACUCAUCACACGGCAACGCUCCUCCACCCGCCUACUCCUCCUUCUCAACCCACCGCCGUCCUAACCCACUGCCUCCAUUGCCUGAUGAGACAACUCUCGGAGUGAGAACUGUCUCAUCGGAUUCCUCCGAUAUGGGCGUCGCCUCCAUUUCUUCUUCAACAGAAGGCCACGACGAAGACAACACAACUGCUCGUCCUUCCUAUCCUUCUCGUCAAAACAGUGGCUGGCGUCGGCAUAUGUCCGAAAUCAGCAGCAAUGACGGUGAUACUUAUGAAGAGCGAGGCCAUAGCCAUGGCCGCGGUCGUGACUGA